AGAUGCCAUUGCGGAACACGAAAGGCGAAAUGGAUACGACAAAGCAUAUGGUCCAGGUGGCGUUAUUCAACGGAAAGAAGCUUAAACAGCUACAUACUUCAUUUGGAGCCGAAAUCCUGGCCUCAGCUUUGCCAAUGCUUUGGCUUCUGUUUGUCGAAAAGUUGGUAACUAUACUAACCUUUCCCUUCAUUCGCUCGACCAGUCUUACCGAUGAGAAUCACGUUGAGUUAUCGCAUAUGUUCGGUGAACUCGAUGAUGUAACGCCAUACAUCAAGCUAGGACGCCCGAACCGCCUCAAAUACGAUGAACUAUUUGACAGUCCCCACGGCGCAGCCAAUAAAGGCAAUUGUCUCUUUCACGUAGACUCUAGCUUCAACCCCCGUCGUGCUGGAUACUCUCUGCUCCUUGCCCACGAACUGCCUCCUCCAGGUAAUGGGGGCGGUAUUGAGUACUGCGACACCAGACAAGCAUACGCAGAGCUGGACCAGGAAACAAAAGAUGAGCUUGCUACAAAUGACUAUGUUGCUGCCCAUUCCAUACAUCAUUCGAAAAAGGUAGCCGCUCCAGAUUGGUACGCCAAUAUCAACCCUGAGGAUUACCCGAUGGGCCGUCAUAAGCUGGUUCAGCUUCAUGAAACAUCAAAUCGGAUGAAUUUAUACAUCGCCACCCAUAUUCAUCAUAUCGAAGGCUUGACCUCGGAGAAAUCGCAGCAGGUUUUCGACAAGCUCUUCAUGCACUGCACUCAAAAUAAAUACCGCCUGAGUAUUGAUUGGCAGUGCGUGGGCGAUUUGGUUGUUUGGGAUAAUACUAGUACUAUGCACCGGGCGGUAAACGGGCCAUUUUUGUACAAAUACCGCCGCGACAUGAGGCGUACCACUGUGCACGAUAGUUCGAGUCAGGCCUGGGGCUUGAACGAGCAUACCAACCGUCGCCAAGGCCUACCUUAA